AGCAAAAAGGGUGGCGCCAAUAUAGGCAACAGUACCGCGCUGACCCUUCCCGAUCACCUCCACUACAGAGCCGAUCUGGGAGACACAGAAGAACAGGAGAUUGAGAUGUCCCCCGACCCCUGGAUGCAUAUAUUGACGCGUAAUUAGACAGAAGCCCAUGCACGGCCGACCAAUCAGGUGGCGGAGGAGAGGCUGUGCCUGGACCGGCUGGCAGACGCUCCGGGGACAGAGCUCCGGCCGCAGCUCAGCCCUGUGGCGGUGACAGCACUGACAGCGACUGGACCAGGUCCUGACCUCAGCACCUCUGUCUGUUUAGAGCAAGGAUGGCCCGAAAGCUUUCAAGCUAGCUAGGACGCAACACAUUACUUCCGGUAGUGACUUUCAAAGCAAGAACCGGUGGCGCAAAUAUGCCAAGUAAAGAAUACUCGAUGGCUGACGUGGAGCUGGUGAAAAAGAUGCUGCGGGCCGUCCUCCAGGCCAACAAAGGCGGAGUGUCAUUGUCCCGUCUGCAGUCAGAGUACAAGGAGCUGACCGGGGAGCAGAUACCGCACAAACAGUUGGGACACAACCACCUGGACGCGCUGCUGGCCAGCAUGCCCUCUUUAGUCCGCAUGGAGCGCAACCGCUCUGGAGAGACGCUGUGUUUUGCCUCAGGGGCCAAUGAGACAGCCCAUAUAGCCAAGGUGGUGGCUCGUCAGCGCAGCUCCAAGAAGACAGGCCGACCCCACCUGGUCAACACCCAGAUGAGGGUCAAACCGGCUGCUCCGCUCGUCCUCAAUGCCAAGCCUCAAACCUCUCUGAGGCAACCGAACCACCGCGGGCGAGGCGGGGGUCGGGGAGGAGGUGGCGGCCGAGGGGCAGGACAUGGAGACUUCCGACAGGCGAGGGACAUGAGGGAUGGCCAGUCGGAGGGCAAGACUGGGGCGCAUCCAAACAAGAUGUCCAAUCAGAACACACCCAACAGGAGGGGGAACCCACCCACAGACAAGCCAGACAAGAGGAUGACCCUCCCAUCAAGGUUUCAGAAGGAGGUGCAUGCUCACCUGUCUAGGAACCCCCAACAGACUGGGCCACCCUUGAACCUGAAUGAGAGCUCUGGCUCGGACAAAGGAAGACCCUACAACCCUCAGCAGGUCCAGGGUCGCAUCAGGGAGAUCCUGGGGAAGUACAGUAACGGCUUCUGGGUGUCAAAGCUGCCUCAGAUCUACAGAGAGCUGUACAAACAGGACCUGCCCACCGAGGCCAUCAAAGACCUGGAGACCUGGACGCACAUAUGCACUGUAGAGAAAACCUGCAGCAGCAACCCAUCAGAGCUUCUACUCUACCCUUCCAAGGAACAGACCACCACAUCCUCCCCUUCACCUACCCUUGCCCCAAACUCCGCCUGUCCCCCAAACACCCCUGCAGACAAACCCUCGCAUUCCCCUUCCCCACAAAGACCCCCCAGCAACCACCUGACUCGCUCUGGUUCUCGCUCUCCUCAGUCUCCACCAUCAUCCUCUUCGUCCCCCAGCCCUCCCUCGUCUCCUGCCACCCUCAGCCCCGACCUGAAGCUGAAACUAGAGGAGCUGUUGGUGAAGUACUCCAACGGCCUGUGGGCACAUGCACUGCCCAAGCUCUUCCAGGACACCUACAAAACCAAACUGCCUGGACAUGUCCUGGAGAACCUUCACCUCCUCUCUGACUUUUGCACCGUCGACUUCCCAAUGCCUGACAACCCCAAGAGGGCCAUCUUGUACAGGAGGAGCAGCACUGAAGGCGGAGGAGGAGAGGACGAGAACUGUAAUAGGAGGAACUCCUCAGUCAGUGAGGAGGAGCUGAGGGUGAGGCAGGAGCUGGGGAGGAGGCUCAGCAACCAUGCAGUGCCUUCUCUGCAGAUCCCCAAAGAAGAGUACCCCUCUGUGCUGGUGGUGGAGGCCACAAACACCAAUGGAGUUAUACUCAGGUACAUUGGUGAGGGUUACUCCCAGGCUCAGGAGUCCAUGGAGGAUGAAAUGAGGGAGUUUUAUGGCCUGAACCAAAGCAGUCCGUCUCCUUUGUCAUCUCCAUCAUCAGGCCAACUUGUUGCUGUCAGGGCCGAGGAGGAGGAGGAGAUUCUGAGGGCACAAGUCUGCGAUGUCAUGGCUGACAAAGUCAAGGUGUACUAUGUGGAUCAUGGCUUCUCAGAGGUGAUCAGCAAAACCAAAGUGUUUGAGCUGCAUGAGAAGUUUUUCCAACUGCCUUUCCAGGCGACCAAGUGCAAACUGGCAGGCCUGGAGCCAUUCUGUCAGGAACCUGCUGUGCUGAAGAAGUUUGAGACAAUGGCAAGUGGAAGGAUCCUGUUGGCAGAGAUCCUAGAGAGAGGGCAGACCCCUCUUGUCGUCCUGUACGACACAUCGCAGGAUGAUGACGUUAACAUCAAUGCUGCAUGCAUGAAAGCCCUGCAGGACAAGACACUGGCCAGCCCGCUACAGGUGAACAGUGCUUAUAUGAACGUGACUGUCAGCAGCGUCUGCUCCGAUGGGACCAUCUACUGCCAGCUGCCCUCCAGAGGCCUUGCCAAGCUGAACGAGAUCCUGGAGAACAUAGAGACAUACUUCCACUCCCAGGUAACGUCAGAGUUCCUUGUAUCCAGACCUUUCUGUGGGAAAGGAUGUCUGGCUCGCUACAAAGGCAAAUGGUCCCGUGUAGAGAUCACCAACCUUCAUGGCAGCAGAGUGCUCGACAUCCUGUUCAUCGAUGUGGGUGUGCAGGCUUCUGUAGAAGUGUUCGAGCUGAGAGAGAUCCCUCCGCCGUUCCUCCGUGACCUCAUGGCCAUCCCACCACAGGCUGUGAAGUGCUGUCUAGCAGACCUGGCUGUCAGUGUUGGAUCCUGGACUCCAGAUGCUGUCCAGUGGCUUCGAGAGAAAGUGCUCAACACCACAGACUGUAGCAUGAAGGUUGCCAAGGUAGAUGAAACCAAGCGCUGCAUCUACGUCCACCUUUUCACCGACAAGAGCUUCCACGACCCGGCCCGCAGCCUCAACCAUCAGAUGGCCCAGUCUGACCUGUUCAAACAGCGACCAGAUGUUUUCCUCACGAGCCACAGCCCUGCCAAGAUCUCCACACCAACUUUAUCCUCCAAAACCUCCAGCAGCAGUAACUCUACUAACGGGAGUCCAGCGUCAACUUCUGUCCCAGCCAAGCCUCACCUCAGGAGGGCUCUGUCAGGACCCAAAGGAGGUGGAGGAGGCAACACGACCAGCACCAGCCCACCAGAAACACCGACAUCCCCCUCAUCCUCUCUCAAGCUGCCACCAUUGCUGGAGCUGCCCCCAGCAGGAAAUAACAUCGAUGUUUAUGUGUCAGUGGCAUGCCAUCCAGGCCACUUUGUGCUGCAGCCCUGGAGAGAUAUGUACAAACUGGUGGUGUUGAUGGGAGAGAUGAUACUCUACUACAAUAAAACUGAACAGAAACCACUUAACAUAGGGAAGAAUCAGAUAUACGCUGCUAAAGUGGAGAACAGCUGGCACCGUGUUUUAGUGAAAGGAGUUCUAAGCAAUGGCAUGGUGUCUGUGUACGAGUUGGACUACGGUAAACACGAGUUGAUCAGCUGCACCCAGCUCAGACCUCUGAUCAAAGAGUUCAGACAGCUGCCGUUCCAGGGAAUCACCGCUCAGUUGGCUGGAUUGAAGCCUAGGCAGUGGUCAGAGGAAGCCUCCAUCGUUUUUAGGAACCAUGUUGAGAAGAAACCACUUGUAGCCCAGCUGGAGGCCAUACAGGAAGCCACUAACCCCUGGGACAGGAAGUUGACGGUCUUCCUGGUCGACACUUCGCAGGAAGAAAGGGACAUCUGGGUGCAUGACAUCAUGGCUGAAUUUGCUGAGGAGCUGACGAACGAGAUGUAGACAAGAGAAGAUUGUCGACGCGUCUUACUAGUCGAGCAGUUGUCCUGUUGCUCACUGAUGACACUGUGAGUUGUGGAUAGACUAAAUAGAAGAAGCUUAUCCAUCUUAUCUAUCUACCAUUUAGUCAGACGAAAGGAAGAAAGAAAGAAAUGAAAGAAUGAAGGAGGUAUAAAUGUACGAGACUAAGGGAAAUUGAGAGGUGUGAUAGCAGGUAGAGACUGGCAUUGACAGAAGGUCAAGAGGUGGAGGUGUCGUAGCCACUUGCUUGUGUUUUGGGCUGUACAUCGACGGAUGUUGUGAUGUGAUUUUGAGUGACUGCAGUGUGACCAUUGGACAAUACAACCAUGCAUGAUGUUGGUCCAAACUUGCCACUAAUACUCAAAAGAUACCUUCAGCGUACAGUAAGAAAUUACUGAAUCUAUCUAUAGUCUUACGAAGCUGUGGAAAUGAUACAACAUGCAUCCUUAUACCAUUGGGUUUGGGCUUUAAUCCAGUGUAUCUUUACAGUACGAGUAUGAGUGCAUCCAGUUUUAGUGUGUGUCAUCUGGGAGGGAGGGGUUGCCUGAAUACCCUCAACCCUGCCAAUGUGAGCACCAUACAAAGUGCAGAAAAUGUUAAAUCUAACAAGUGUUCACAUGCUAGGAAGAGUUAUAUAAAUUUGUUUACAAAA